AAAGAAACUAUUCUCAGUCACGGAUGUGAUCAUUUGAUUUUACCAAUCCGCCAAUGGAUGUCGUUGUCAUGGUGAGUAGGGUGACUUCUUGAGGAAGGAGAAGACUUCGAUAUAAACCAGCGAGAACUCAAAGUGUGCACAAGCUCACUUCCUGAAAUUCUCACUCUUAGCUAGCUUGAACUUCACUGGUGCGAGAGAACAAAACAAGAUAUGGAAGCCAGGAUUUCUCCAGUGAAUCGACCGCCCGCGGAAAGGGUAGUCGAGGAGAUCGCGCAAGUACUUCAGCAGGCAAUAGCCGGCUACAGAUUCCAUCCAACCGAGGAGGAACUAAUCAAUUACUUGAAGUCGAAGAUGACCGGAUGCAGAGAAACUUUCUGCAUUAUUCCGACGCUAGAGAACAUCUACGAGAUUAAUCCAUGGGAUUUACCAGCCAAGUUCAAUGAGAAAUCGAUCAUUCGAUCCAAAGAUCCAGAAUGGUGGUUCAUAUGUCCGCAGACGCAGAACCAACGGAUUACCAGGAAAACACCUUGUGGUUUUUCCUGGAAUAUCACCGGUAAACCUAAAGAUAUUAAGGCUCGAAAUGAUGGUGAAAAGAUCGGUUCCAAGAAAACAUUAGUUUUCAUCGAUGGCCGGAGGUCCAAGGGCACUAGAUCCAACUGGGUCAUGCAUGAGUUUCAUCCACAUCCUGAUGAUAUGGGUUUCGUGCUUUGUUACCUAAAGAUGAAGCAAGAGGAGAAGGCAGAUAUCCAAGAACCAUAUAUUCAGCAGAAGGUCGAUUUAGUUCAUUCCUUAGAGGAGAAGGUGGAUGAGAUGUCUGGAACUUCAAAUUUUGUUGGUGAGCAAGCAGAUAAGAUCUGUGAUAUCAUGGAUUUUGAUAACCCAGAAGAACAACUUCCUUUUGAGGAGCAUCAUGUCCAAGCGAGGCAGAACCAACUGAAUGAGCUAAUCAUGAAGGGGAGUUCCUCUAGUACAGAAAUGUCAUCUGGAAGUGGCAUUACUGCUACCAACGAAUGGAGUAGGAUCGAGCCCUGGAUGUCCCCUCUCAAUCAUGCUACAUUCCCUAACAGCGAGCUUUACAAUUUUUAUGAUCUUUUUAGUGAAACUGAAGCAGACAUAGGAGUCGUUCAGCAUGUCCAAUUUGGAGAAACUAGCUGCGACAAUCGUUGGGUUAAGAAGAACCGGCGACCAGUCUGUGACACUCUUGAGGGAGUUGUUCCAUUAGAGGAAGAAAAACGAUUCUUCGAACAGAAAUUCAACCAUCCUCACGACACGGAAAAGAUCAUAACAGAGUGCACAUCUUCUGAGGGAGCACCAGCAAAAGCAAAGGCACAGGCUGCAGAGUUCAAAGAGAAGGAAACUCCCAUGAUUCAGCCACCAAAGAAGAAAAACGAUGGGGAAACUGAAUCGAACGACGUAUCCCCUUGGGAAACCUGGAACGAUUCCAUUUCACCGACUAGAUGGACUGCAUCAACCAGCUGUUGCUGCCGAAACAAGUCCACCAUUGAUCCAGUUCUCCUUGCCAGGUCAUUUGCACUUGUUCUUCUGGUAUACGUGAUUGUCGACGGAAUAUGCAGGAUAUCUGAUGGAGUCAACGAGACGAUGCAGCACUAUGUGUUUUUCGGGUGAUUUUAGCAAAUUGUGUCAGAGAUGGCUUGAGAUCGCUUCAUUUACUCAGUAUUUCCCCUCUUAGUUCCCUAUGUCGCCAUUAAUAAAUGCCUAAGGUUAUCUACAUCGUCUGCGGAUGAAGUCGAUAUAUGGUGUAACAAAUUCCGAGAAACGCCGAUAGAUAAA